AUGGUGUCUUUCUGGCCUUGGAGGAGCGAGGACUCCUCCCCCGCCUCUUUUGAGAAAACGCUUUCGGCCCUUUCGGCCAAGAUCACAGACACGCAAGCUCGCCUCGAUGGACUCCGGGCACGAUCACGGCGGGUGAGGGUGCUAUGGACCCUCUACCUAUCCUUCGCCUAUCUUGUCUACAGCAUCGUCAUCAUUCUCGUGGUUGGCUCACAGAAGAUGGGACCUUAUGAAUGGACCGGUAUUGCUGGUGGACCCGUGGUGAUUUACGUUACCCGGACGUCCCUUGCUGGCUACUAUACCUACCGAAUCGAUACCCUCACUUCCAAACUCAAGGACCAACAGGCCGAAAGGGCCAAGACGAUCCAGAAGUUGAAGGAUGCUACGAAAUACGACACUACACUGGAGUUACUCGAAAAGUACGGAGGCCCUGAACAACGGCCACGGUCGCGCAGGGACUCGGGCAGUGAGGGUGAGGGUAAAGAGCCGGGACACGGAAAGAAGCCGCCACAUGUUCUAGGUGGUCAGCCCCAUGUGAACAUCCCUGGCCGGACCGGCCUACCUCCUCCGCCCACCGCCAAUAUUCAACGCCGACCACCACCCGACCUGCUCCCUGGCGCCCCAAACCCCGACAUCCACCCUCCUGCCCCGUUCUCCGGCUCCGUCCCCGUAACGGAGGAAUUCGCACCGAACGCAUUCAACCAGCCACCUCCGCCGCCGGCAGCUGCUCUUUCUCUCCAAUCAUAUGGCCAGUACGAAGGGCCAGGGGCUGGACCCCACUGGUACGAUCGCAUCAUGGAUCUGUUGUUGGGCGAGGAUGAGAUGGCAGCCAAAAACCGCAUCGUGCUUAUUUGUCAAACAUGUCGGCUCGUCAACGGACAGGCUCCCCCCGGUACGAAGCGACUGAGCGAUGUGGGUAUGUGGAAGUGCAUGGGCUGUGGCGCCAUGAAUGGAGAAAUGGACGAGGGCAAGAAACUUGUUCGCGAGGUGCUGGAAGCGAGCAAGGCCAGAGACGAGGCCAGACGGUCGGUAGGCACUGAUGAUGGCGAGGAAAAUUCGAGUGACCUGGUCGAGAUCGAGAAGGAGGAUGGCGAAGACGAGGACCUCGCGGGAUCCACCACCCAGGAGACGAGGUCAGGUGGGGCCCGACGGCGGAAGGGAAAGUAA